UGAAUGAUGCCCAUAAUCUAUUAGUCUCAGUUUGUGUGCGUUUGAUUCUGUUGCUGCGAGAAAUUCAUCGAUCUCGAACAUGAAACGGCCUUUUUUGUUAGCCGUUUUUGCUGUGCUGACUACCUCUCCGUCAUUGUGCUCCCAUAUCAUAACUGACUGUGGCGGAUCUUACGUUUCAUUCAGUGGACAAUCAACCAACAGUAUUGAUAUAACACAAGUGCCUGGAGGAUCGAUUCUGUUGUCCAUAACGGCCAUCAACAUACAACCCUUACCUGUGGGCGUGGUGCUUACGAAACUUAUCAGACGGGAGGCGGAUGAUGUCAUCGUUCCGUGUCUCGAUGGGUUUUCAGGAAGCUGCCAAAUUGAUCUGUGUGAUUUCAUGAUCAAUUAUCCAGAAUUGAUCUCGAUUCCAGUGGCCGGUUGCCCAAUUCCUCCGGCCAGCUACGUUUUUAAUAGCAACCUGGUUUUUAACGAACUUUGGCUGCCUGUUAAUGGAAACCUACAGAACGCCACGUACAACAUGCGAUAUGAGCUAAAAAUAAAGCAAGAAGUUGUCGGCUGUUUUACCUUACCCAUCAUCCUCUCAACUGAUGGCGUUUAAAGACACUUCGACAAUCGUAGAAAUUUUCAUGGAAAUAUUGUAUAUGCGAUUAAAUUGUAAUUACACUAUCUGCCUUCA